AUGUCUUCGGGUGUAAAAGUAAGCCAAGAGUGUCUUGAGCAGUUUCAGUCGCUGAAGCUGGGCCGAAAGACCAAGUACAUCAUCUACACGCUUUCGCCAGACAAUACUGAGAUUGUUGUGUCCAAGACGAGUGACUCGUCCAACUACGAUGAUUUCCUUGCUGAGCUUCCACCUGCGGAAUGCCGCUAUGCCAUCUACGACUUUGAGUUUCAGAAGGGUGAUGAGGGUAAGCGCAACAAGAUUUGCUUCUUCACAUGGUCGCCUGACGAAUCCAAGGUGAAGCAAAAAAUGCUCUACGCGUCGUCGAAGGAGGCUCUGCGUAAGGCUCUUGUGGGUAUUGCCACCGAGAUCCAGGGCACGGACCUGAGCGAAGUUUCGUACGAGGCCGUGCUGGAGAAAGUGAUGCGCUCGACGUUUUAA